CCCUUUUUAAUUCUAUUACAAUAAAACAUUUAUACAUCUACGUCUGUAUGCGGCAAAUUGAGACUUGGGACAUCAAUUGAAACACUGCUUUGUGGUUUUUUUGAAAUUGUUUCAUUCCGGAAUAAAGGAGGACUGGCAGACUUGUGUUUUGGUGGUUGAGUUAGUUGACAGUGCCGUGGAAAGAAUGAUCCUAUUUAUAGGCUUUCUGUGCUGAAAUAACGUGCGAUUUUGUCGCCGCUCGAGUGUGGCCCGAGAACAGGCCAAAGAAAAGAGUGGAAGCCCAACUAUGACGUCGUAUAUUGUGACGGCCAGUGCAAGCAGAGACGAGAAACUAGCAGAUGACAUGGCCGAGCUUCAGGCUACCAUAGAAAUCUCUGUGGAGCUCAAUAAAUUUUACAAUGUGGAUCUAUUCCAGAGAGGUUACUAUCAAAUCCAGACAGUCCUGAAGACACCACCCAAGCUGUCUACUAGAGUGGAGAUAAGUGACAACAAAGUCAAUGUUUUAAAAGGUACUCAGGAGAAUGCCUCUGCCUUUAUACAAAGCUGUGUUGGUAAGAGCCAGAAGUUCCAGAUCCUGUACAGAAAUGAGGAGGUGGAUGUGUCGGAUAUAUUUAUAUACAGGAUCCACCUGCUGGUGGAGAGUACCAAGCUAGAAAAGAAUUUAGAAAGUUUGGACCUGAGACUAGAACUACAGCUCUGGUGUAAUGAUGAAGAUGAAAUUUCAGAGUCUGAGGGCAAGAUGGAGCUGGCCAGUAGCAGGACAUUACAGCUCCACCUCUCACCCACCAAAGGUCUCCACCACUCACUGCCUGUGCUCUUUGACUACUUUCACUUGUCAGCUGUGGAGGUUGUGAUCCACGGAACUAUCAUUGCAAUACAUCAGCCUUAUCUAAAUAUGCCCAAAUCCCCAAAAGGUGCUAAAGCUCCAGACCAGUCCACAUUGGAAGCUGUUUAUUUUGGUCAGAAACUGAGUACCCCUCCACCAAGUAAUGCCAACAGUAGCAGUGUCCGUCUGCAACAAGCUCACCUUAUGCACAAGACAAUAUGCAAAAUUUUAUUAUCCUCUCAUGAAAGUUUGCAAGAAAGUUUACAGCUGUUAGCAUCCAAAAUACCUGGGAACAGUUUUCAUUUAGCCAAGAAAGAUUGUCACACACGGUUAGGUGAAGCUGUGAUGAAAGUGCAGGGAGUCCUCGAGGAAGAUGACCUGAUUCAAACUGCCAUCACAGACAUCACUCAGCUGUGUGCGGAGAAUGUUAUCUUGUGGGCACAGUUCCUGGAAAUUGUUUUGAAGCAGCCGCAGGUUCAUCUUCACCUGGCUAGGGAACAUCACAACCUUCGGAUUAGAAGAUUUGCAGAAGGUUUUUUCACAUUAGAUCAUAAAAAGUCUUCGUGCUUAUCUUGUUAUGAUCCUGGUCUCCAUGGUCACUCAGCGUUAGCAAGUAUAGUUAAAAACUCCCAGUACUUCAAUAACUUGCCAUCUCUUGCCGUGGAAUGUACAGACCUGGACGGCGAUGUGAACACAUUACCCGUCAUGUUUGAGGAUAUCUUCCACGAUGCCCGGGCAGUACCCCCUCAGGUCUACCAAAAAGCAGCUCACACUCUCUCAGAAGGCAGCAACACUGGCUCCCCCCGGCAUAGGUCAUCUUCUAACUCCUCUUCCUCUGUAGCCAGUGAACGAGGAGGCUCAUCCCCCCAUCUGAGGAAAAGGACCUCCUCCAAGAAGUUCAUAAAAAACAUGAAGCCCGAAGGUUUCAAGAGGCCGUCCUCCUAUUACUGCAAUGAAACGGAGGUGGUGCCAAUUAAACAGGACACAGAGGUGACAUUGAUAGGCUACAGAAAAAUACCAGCUCAAGAUUUCAUUUCUUCAGCAGCAGUUCACCUUGGUACACUAAGUCCAGACUCGCCAGAUGGUGUAGGAAACGCCAAUCUGACCAAUCAACUAGAGAAGUCCUACAGCAGUUCCUUGUCAUCUAUAUUCCCCACAUCCUGCAUGAACCGAGGCAGUGAUGACUCCAUACCCGAUAUCUGUGAUACUGAGAUGUCUCAGCCUUCGUUUGUUUCAACUCCUGAAAAGACAGUCGUAAGUUGUGUUACUUUGCCCCAAGGGCCCAGCAUUCCCUUGCCCCAAGCAUCACCUCCACAAGGGGACACUUCAGCUAUUGUUACUUCCAAACCGCCAGUUUUUCCUUCACAGUCUGAUUCCAUAACAACUAACUCAGGGCUCGCAAAAUCUGUCGAGAAACAUUCCACGGACUCGUUAAAAACAUCUACGCCACAAAAAAUAGUCCCCAUCUCAUCUAUACAUCAAACAACAGUCCCUGCCUUGAGCAAAGAAGAGCUCGGCCAACUGGCUAAAGGAAUAAGCCAUGCACUUGGCCAAGAGGACACCACUGCUGAGCAGUUAAAAUCACCUGUUUCUGCCAAUGAUGAUGACUUCAGUGAUGAUGACACUAAUGUGGCCAAUGGCUUUGACGAUGUUUUAGAAACAUACCGUCAGGAUUUCAGCAUUAAAAAACAAUCGGAUGUUGCUGCCUCGUCAUUAACUUCAAUGUCUAAAGCACCUUUACCAGGUGGGAUUAUUACCUCUUUAGAAAAAGCCCAGUCCCAAAGAUCUCUGGAAGCUACCCAGACCGUUGACUCUAAAAAUGACAGUGCCUUAGGUAGCGAAAUAUCAUCCCAGGAGGAGGUCAGCUACUCCAGUUCUCCAUCCAGUGGGAGUCGGCCCACUCAAAUUGACACUUUAGGCUUAAACCUUCCUGUAGCAACGAACACUUCAAUGGAUCCUGGUCACGUGACCUGUUCUUACGCUGACCCUCGUCAGCAAGUUACUGUGUUGGAACUAUUAAAAGAGGAGUACAAGCGAUCAGUUGCUCUCCAAGAUGGUGCUACAGAUAUUACAGAUUCCAAAUGUUAUAACUUGUUGACGUCGACGUCCAAUAAGGAUUUCCACCUCAGUGGACAGAGGGCUGCCAGUGAUUCGGAUAUUCUCAGAAACUGUGAGGAGGAAGAGAAACAUGUACAUAACCAUAAAGAUGCCAUAAUGAGAACAAGUACAGAGGGGAGUGAGAAAAGAAAAGUUCAUUUAUCCACCUCUUCAUCUUACCCUGAGUUAUCUCAUGCUGCUAGUAAACCAGAACCUCCACGACUGGUCUCUGUUGUUGGUCAUAGUACCGUCAAUUUCAUCCAAUUACGAGAAAGCCUUAAACUAGAGCUCAAUUUUCCAGGAUAUUUGUAUAGUGAGUGCCCAACACUGGCCUCCAGAAUUCCUUAUUUCCAUGUACCAGCGGAUGUAGAUGAGACAAGUGGCAUUCACCUGAUAGUCUGUGUCCAUGGCCUGGAUGGUAACAGUGCUGACCUGCGACUGGUCAGAACUUACAUUGAGAUGGCUCUCCCAGGGUUUCGGCUGGAAUUCUUGAUGUCGGAAAGGAAUCAGCAAGACACUUUUGCUGACUUUGACAAGAUGACAGAACGUUUGGUGGAUGAAAUAUUGUCCUAUCUUGAUACGUUUGGAUUUGAUAUUACAAGAAUAAGCUUUGUGGGUCAUUCUUUGGGAAACAUUAUCAUCAGAUCCACCCUGUCCCACCCCAAGAUUAGCCACCUGUUGCCCAAGUUGUAUACCUUCCUGUCUUUGUCUGGGCCUCACCUGGGAACUCUGUACAACACAAGUGGACUAGUCAACAUGGGCAUGUGGUUUAUGCAGAAAUGGAAAAAGUCUGGCUCACUGCUACAGCUAUCACUCAAAGAUCAUAAUGACUUGAGACAGACUUUCUUGUACAAACUUAGUCAGAAACCAGUCCUUCACAACUUCAAGCAUGUCCUACUGGUGGGCUCUCAUCAAGAUCGCUACAUACCAUACCACUCUUCUAGGAUAGAGAUCUGCAGGGCAGCACAGAAAGAUACAACAACCACAGGGGCUGUGUACAGAGAAAUGGUGCAGAACAUCCUGGAGCCUAUUAUCCAAUCAGCUCAUUGCACUCUGAUCCGCUACGAUGUUUUCCACGCUCUUCCUUCCACUGCCAACACAAUGAUCGGCCGUGCUGCCCACAUCGCAGUCUUGGACUCUGAGAUUUUCAUAGAGAAGUUCCUAACAGUGACCGGACUCAAAUACUUUCAGUGAAACGAACUCUUGUUGUGAUUGACCGUGGGCAGUCACCCUUUUGUGAUAUACCGGUACCAUAUACUGACCAGUGGCUUUUUUUUUUUGGUCAAUCAAUAUUUGGGGUUGUGUCUUAUCAAUAGGUUGUGUAGAAAUUUUGUUUCUGUUGAUUUUCGUUGUCAUCUUUUUUAUGCGUUGUCUUUUCUUAUGCCAGUUAUUGAUUUUAUAUCUCUCGUCUAGGAUAACAAAGUGUUCUCUUGUUUAGGGUUAGUGUUUAGUUUUUCUGAAAGUUUAUUCUUGCUCACAGGUCAGUUAUUUUGUGGAGUUCACUGGCACAAUUAGUUUAUGUAAUGUUAAGGAUUAGUUUACCUGUGAAUACUCUGUACUGUUUAGUUUGCCUGGGAAUACUCUAUGUCAAUAUUGCAGUUUCUGUAAAAGAAUUUAAUAAUAGCAGAUAGGCUUAAACUACUUGGUUGGCUGGAGGGGUGGGGUUUGGUGACUCCCUAUGUAGACUAGGAAUCGAAUCAAGAAAACUCUGAAACCUUCUUUCAGAUACCCCCCUAACCCCCCACAGAAUAUGCUAUAAAUGCACCAAAGAGGAGCUGUACAAUAGUAAUAAUAAUUAUAAAAAUGGUUAUUUACUUCAAUGUUGUUAGAAUUUCAGUCUUUGUUAUCUUCUGGCCAGUAAAAGCACCAUCUUCUUAUUAAAUAGGAUUAUCAACCUAAGGCCAUGUUAAUUAAUAUGAAGUCUACACCAUAGCUCCCACUACCAAUGCCAUCAGGAGCCAAUCACUUGUUCAACUUUGAAACAUACAUUUUUGUAUCUCCUCCCCUCCUCCAUGUGGUGCUGCACAUUUCCAGUCCAUCUUUAUUUUUUUGUAUUGGUGUUCGGUUUCUGAUUUUUUGUACUUAAUCAUUUAUAGGUAACAUUUGGUAGAGGGAGUUUUGUCUGACCUGGUUUUAAACAUUUGAGGUCAAAGGUUUACAGAAAAAUUUAGUUCGCUGUAAAAUUAUACAGACAACCUGGCAAGCCAACAUAAUGCAUUGGAAUACGUUUAGUGUAUAAAUACUGUAAAAAAAAAGUAUGUAUAGCUACAAAUGACGAAAGUUGUUAAAAUGUGAAUUUCCGGUAGUUUAUCUUUCUGUUAUAGGGGAUAUAGAGAUUUGUGAACCUAUGUACCACCAUUCACUUGUAUCUUUUUUUUAUACUUUUCUGUUUUUUACUAAAUUAUAUAAAUUUGUUCUACUAAUAUAAUCUCUUUAUUUUUGUUGUUGACAUCGAAUGGAAAAUAGUUAUCUUUUGAUCCUGUAAUGUUUGUUUCCUAAUAUUUAGUGAACUUAGUUGUGACCACAUGAAAUGGAUUUUGUUACACUGAAGGUUUCGUCUCCCAGGACGUUUUUUUUUUUAUGCCUUCCUCUCUAGUCCCAAUCUUCAGAGUUCUGGGUUUUUUUAUGUUUGAAAUCUUGUUGCACAAAAAAAAAAAAAAAAAGUUAGCAAGCUGACAUCUCAGUUAAAAGCAAGAUGGAAGCAUUGAACUAGUGAUUUCUGAUAAGGACAAUAAGCAUAAUAGUGACUAUGUGAAGGGAUAUCUGAAACGUAUACAACAAAACAAAGGGUUGUUACUCUAGCUGCUUUGUUUAUAUGUGAACUGGGACAAUUUUUCAAGCGACUUAAAUACAUUUUUGUUUUGUAAUAGAACUUCAAGUUGGCACUUUGUUAGACCAUGGUUAUUUACCAAGUAUGGUAAAUGCCACUUCAGUGUGCAGGCUCGUUAAAGAAGACACUGGAAAAACAGCUUCUUAAAGCUUGUACUAACUCAUAAGGCACACUGAGCUUCUACUAACCCAUAAGGCACACUGAGCUUCUACUAACCCAUAAGGCACAUUUAUGAAUGAUUUAAUUACUAAAAAAGAACUGAGUCUAUUCUAUUAGAAAUACAUUUCAUCCCCUCACCAAAUUAUACUAUUUUUAGUUUUUGAAAUUCUUGCAAGAGUCUGGCACAUAUUCAGGCACAUAUUCCACUUGCUCUGUAAUCUCACACAUUCACUUGGUAGAGUCCAUGACUUCAUGUGUGAUCUUUAAGAUCACUGCAGCUCAAAAGCUUAGCGAAUUAAAUAUUGAGAACCUUCACUUAAUUCAAUAACUAAAUAAUGUGAUGAAAUUUUUUUUUGUAGGAUUUAAUUAUAUUUGUUUUGUUAAUCAUCAGACUAAAGUUCAAUCUGGAAAUUAUCAGAGAGUAUAAUCUUAUUAGCAGUCAGUUGUAGAAGCCAGUUAAUAUGUAACCCUUACUUUUAUCCUAAUCUAUAUAGACUCCUUAUGUUCAAUCCUAUUGAUCAAAACGGCAGGCAAGACCCUCUCCAUAUCUGCUUUGUGCGUAUAUCUUACAAGUCAGUGUUAUAAAACAAACUAACCUAAGUAGCUGAAAAUGUCUUUUCUAAACUUGUUUCUGUACAGUGUUACCAGUAGGAUGUUGACUAGUUUAUGUGAAUUCAGACUUUGUCGCAAGGUUUAACUGGAGCUUGGGUGUAACAGCAGGCAAGGCCAUCCAUAUCUGCUUUGUGUGUAUAUCUUACAAGUCAGUGUUAUAAAACAAACUAACCUAUAUAGUUGAAAAUGUCUUUUCUAAACUUGUUUCUGUACACCAGUAGGAUGUUGACUAGUUUAUGUGAAUGCAGACUUUGUCGCAAGAUUGAACUGGAGCAGAGUGGGGGGGGGGGGGGGGGGGGCAGCAGACUGCAAGGAACCACACAUCCUUCCACAUCUGUAUAUUACGUUCCUCUUCCUUCCAAGCCACUACUUAUGGUCAACUGUAUUGAGAGACAUAUGUCAGGUGUUGUGGUUGUCACUUUCAUGUGCUGAUUUAAACACUUUUUAGUUGUUGAAUAAUAAGCCUUUCAUAAAGUUUCUUGAUUCUGUAUUGUGAGGUUAGUUUUUAGUUGACAACAAACAUUCAAAGUUAAAGCCUACUUAUGUUCCGUCUGUUUAUCAUUGUUAGCACAAUGUCAGAAGAAAAAAAUGUCAACAUUUGAGAAACAUUCUUUUUUCUGACCUGGUCUGUGGUGAGACGAAUUCAAAUGUGUGUGAACUUAUUUUGAUCAUUCUAAAUUUGAUAUUUUAAGAAAUUUUGUGUGGCUUAAAGUUGAUAUACAUCGAGUGUUUUUGAGUGCUGGUAUAAAAAAAUCUUGUUAUCUACUGUUGUUUCUCAUCACCGCUGGUAGAACAUGUACAAUACUCUUGUCAUAAGUGAUUUAUAUUUAUAGAUUUGUACCAAAACAAAUUAUGGUCACAUGCGUUUUCAAAUGCGUUUUAUUGUUCCAUAGCUGUGGUCAACUCUUAACUAUUGGCCAGUCUUAUUGUUCCAUAGUUGUGGUCAACUGUGGUCAGUCUUAUUGUGACAUGUACAUAGUUAAUACCUUUAGUACCAUUGAAUGUAUUGUUUGUUUGUAUCAUAUCACUAUUUAUGUAUAGACCAUGAUAACUCCAUCAAGCAAUAAAUUUCACUGUAUUCAAUUCUAUACAUAUCUCUGACAUCAUUCAUUGCCUUAAAGAAUGCAUUAUGUCAAUCAAUCAUUCUUAAUUAAAGAAUCUUUAUUCUUAUCAAUGAUAUGCUAGUAAUGAGUGCCAUUGAGUGUAAUUAUUUGCUUCCUAUUCCUAAUUUGUCAUUUAUUAUCAUUGAUAGCAUAAUACUUCAAAUAGGAUAAGUUUGUUAUCAUCGCUUAACCCUUCACGUGCAUCAAGAAGUCUUCAGGUGCACUAAGAAGUGCACAGGCAAAGUUCUUUUUGUUCUGUGUUAUAUCACAGACAAGCUGGUCCAUUCCCUCACUAACUUUUAAUUGUAAGCCUAAUUAGUGGCUUGCUGAGAUAUAAAGAAGACAAUGGUCUUAAAACAAUGAAUGAAUGAACACUCCUAAGGACAGACUUUAUUGUUUACAGUUGUUCAUCAUUGAAACACUUUCCAAAUCAAACUGUGAAAUGUUAUGUCAUAGCCUGUAAACAAAUUAAUUAUUUGGUGGCUCAGAUCAAUGUCAAUAAAUUCAACUAGAAACUAGAUCUGAUUUGUCCCCAGCUGGCAUAAAUAAAAGUAUGAAGAUAAAAGAAAAGGUUGAAUGUUUGGUAAGUGGGUCACAGUAUAAAAAAAUAGAAUGAUUAACUUUGAAUCUCAAAGUCAUUUCAUGAUUGGUAUAAAAAUAUGGGGAAAAUAGUCAGUGUUUUCAUCAAAUAUAAAGUCUAGUUGUGAGGUCACAAAUGUUUGGUUGUCAUAAAUUCAUCCUUGAUGUAGGUUUACUUAGCACAAACAUAAGGACUUUAAUAAAGUUUGAAUUAAUUGCGCAUCUUGUCUUUCAGUGGAGUAAGGGUAACAAUAAGAAGUGGACAGACUCACAAGUAUUGAUUCCAUUGUAAAUAGUAUAUGGACUUGUGUAGAAACUUCAUUAAGUCUACUUGUACAUACAUUUCUCUGGUUUACUGGAACAUAUUUUUUUUUAUUCGGAAAUGUGUUUGGCUUUAAGGUAAGAAUAAUUCAUUUAGAUUUGGGUUCUUCCCAUCGUGAGACUUAAUGUAACUUAAAGAUUUAUUUUUUUUAAGCUGAUCACCUCUUUGUUAAACUUUAUUUUUUGGUUAUGAACCCAGAAGAAAAAUGUAACUUGUUUUUGUAAGUCUAUUUUUUUUAAAUUUCUCAGUCGCUUCUGAAAUCAUUUUCAUUGUUCCCUCCCCUUCUUCUCCAUUCACCCAAAGUGGUCUUGGUUGUUGCAUGGACUAGCCCAGUUGGAAUCUCACAAUCUAUCAUCCCAGUUAACGAUUAAAAUUUCGAGAUCGAGUCCAAUGUCAUGACUUGCCCAAAGUCCUCAUCUAGUAAUGUGUCGGUCCCAAGCAUUUUCUAAGUCGCUAUGCAACGUGAUGAUCUGAACAUUUGGCCGAGUCUGUAAGUAACACUUCGCCUCUGAUGCACAACAUUGAAUUGAAUGCAUUGUAAUCUUUGUAUCAAGCUGCCAGUAUUUUAGAACUAUAACCAAGAAGUAUGGGUUUUUUUGUGUUUUUUUUUGUUUGUUAUUAUGAAUUGUGUGUGUUUUUAAUUAUUUUGUUAAGAGGAAACUUGUUAUUGUUAGCAAUAUCUCCCUAGACCACAAAGUCAAUCACUCUUGUGUGCUGUUCAGCUAGAUGAGGAGGUUACCUUAUAAACAAAUUUAAAAAACAAAUUUUCAAUGUAAUAAAACAAAGUUGUUACUGA